UGUGAGCUUCACGGCUCACUGUGUCAAGGUUAUCUUCCUCAGACAGGAUGAUGUGGAUGUCAAACAGCCAUGCAGCAAGCAGAAGGGCUGGGGUCUGACAGCAGCUGCUGAAGUGCUGAAUUGCCUGUGCCUGAAGAGGUCUGACCACAGCUGGGGGUUACAGAAGGUGCAGCAGGGAGGAGUGUGAAACCCUGCUUUCCUCCACAGAUACAUGUGGGAUGGCUUUGGAGCAAACCUGGCACUGAGCUGCCACCGAGGCUGCACCGUCCACCCUGACAGCUCCCUCACAGAAUGGACCAGGAGACCCUGGGAAGCAUUGUCCUGCUUGCCAUCGUCACUCUGAUCAGCGUUGUCCAGAACGCUUUUUUUGCUAACAAAGUGGAGCAUGAAAGCAGACAUUGCAAUGGGAAGGGAUUGCAGCGGCAGGGAUCCUCCUCCUUCGACCGUGUCUACACUGCCAACCAGAACUGUGGACAUGCGUACCCUACGUUUCUCGCUGUGCUUUGGUGUGCUGGCCUUCUCUGCAGCCAAGCUCCUGCUGCCUUUGCUGGCCUGAUGUACUUGUUUGUGAGGCAGAAGUACUUUGUGGGCUACCUCGGGGAGAGGACUCAGAGCACUCCUGGCUACUUGUUUGGAAAACGCAUCAUUUUGUUCCUGUUCCUCAUGUCUGUGGCUGGAAUACUUAACUACUAUCUCGUCUUCUUUUUCGGGAGUGACUUUGAAAUACACAUUAAGACGAUAACCAGCGCGAUCUCUCCGUUGCUGCUCAUACCCUAACUCCCCACAGCCCCCAGGCGGUCAGCACGCUUCAUUUAUUGAUGCCCAGAAGCUGCUAUAAUUCAACUGUUUAAGAAAUGAACCCAUAACCCAGUGAGAUUUCUGUAAAUCUCAUGCUUGACAAGCUCUGUAGUUUGAUUUAGCCUUGCUUUUUUCUUCAGGAAAAAGAUUUAUCAUGAGCACUUUGCACGCCCAAGGAAUGGUAACAACUUUCAGUUAAUUCUUUAGAAUUUUUUUCCUAAAGUGCAUCUUGCAAGCUGAUUGCAUGACGGAAGGAACAUUGUAUCCUCGCUUCAUAACUGUAUUGUAUUUAGCUUUUGUCCCAAAACCCAGGAUCCUCCAGGGUUGUUCCUGACUGGUGGCUCUCCCAGUCACCCUCAGAGGCAAGAACAGCCUUUCACCAGCAUACCACACACUGCUGCCUGCACCAAGGCAUGGACCAGCCUCUUCACCUACCCUUUCCCUCUGACUUGUUGAUGACCAAGCUCUUGCUGUUGCAGGAAGGUGGCAAAUCGGCCCCUCUCUUGUCUUCCUUGAUAAAUAUUCAUGUGCGUAACACUCACCACAUUGUUCUCAUUUACAGUCCAGCCUCUUUGUUCUCCCAGAGCUGGGAAAAGGAGUGGUGUGUAAAUGAGGAGCUGGUGUCUCACCGGUGGGGUUGGGUUGGGUUUGUUUUGAUUUGCUUUGUUUAAUAAAACAGUCUAAAGCGA